AUGGCGACUGAGGUCAUGGCGAGAGCGUCUAUACAGCUCGAGCCUAUAGAACGCUCUUCAGGUGCCAACACCACCGGCAGUGACACUUCACAAGUCGAGGAUGGUGAUCUUGCCCUCACGGCAUCGAGACAGGAAUUCUCUCUGCCGCCAGUAGACGGCGGCAAGGACGCCUGGCUCUUCUUGGCAGCAUGCUUCGCCGUUGAAGCCCUCGUCUGGGGCUUCCCCUUCUCCUUCGGCGUCUUCCAGGACUACUACGCGACAACGCCGCCGUUCGCGGGGUCGCCCAACAUCGCCGUCAUCGGCACCUGCGCCAUGGGCCUGAUGUACCUGACGGCGCCGCUGACCUUCGGCGCGUGCCGCGCCUUCGCCCGCUGGGCCCGCUGGACCCCCAUCCUCGGCCUGCUCGUCAUGUGCGCCGCCCUCGCCGGCUCCAGCUUCGCCGCCACCGUGCCCCAGCUCAUCGCCACCCAGGGCGUCCUGUACGCCCUCGGCGGCGGCAUCGCCUACACCCCCUGCAUCCUGUACAUGGACGAGUGGUUCGUCAAGCGCAAGGGCCUGGCGUACGGCAUUAUGUGGAGUGGAACUGGCCUGGCGGGUGUCGUCCUCCCGCUCAUGAUGGAGAGCCUCCUGGCGCGCUUCGGCUACCAGACGACGCUGCGGCUGUGGGCCGGGCUGCUCUUCGUGAUCACGGCGCCGCUCUCGUGGUUCGUCAAGCCCCGGCUGCCGGUCUCGCACGGCGAGAGUAGAGCCCGGCCCUUCGAUCUGAGGUUCCUGGGCCUGCAGCACUUCCUGGUGUAUCAGCUCUGCAAUAUUAUCGAGGCCAUGGGAUUCUUCUUGCCCACCAUCUACCUCCCAUCGUACGCUCGCACGUCUUUCGGCGCCGGCCCGCUGAUCGCGGCCACGACCGUCCUCCUGGUCAACGUGUCGUCCGUGUUCGGGUGCGUGGCCAUGGGCUGGUUCACGGACCGCUUCCACGUGACGACCUGCAUCCUGCUGUCGACGCUCGGCACCACGCUCGGCGUCUUCCUCAUCUGGGGCCUGUCCUCGUCACUGCCCGUGCUCUACUUCUUUUGCGUCCUCUACGGCCUCUUCGCCGGCUCCUUCACCAGCUGCUGGCCCGGCAUCAUGAAGGAAGUUUCCGUCGUCGGCGGCCGGCGCUUCGGUUACGUCGACCCUACCAUGGUAUUUGCCUGGCUCGCAGCCGGUCGCGGCAUUGGCAACGUGGUCUCGGGCCCGUUGAGCGAGUCACUGUUGGGCUCGGCGGCUGCUUGGAAGGCCGGUGCUGGGUACGGCAGUGGGUACGGUGGACUGAUCGUGUUCACGGGCGUCACGGCACUAUUUGGUGGUGCGAGCUGGGUUUGGAGGCGUGUUGGGUUUCUAUAA